GUUAUUUUCUUUUUAGAUGAUAUCCUCAUCUUCUUAUAUUUUAGGUUAGAAAACACAAUUUUUGAGAUUAUUGUUUACACUGCAAUCCGUCGUAGUUUUUCGGAUUGUUUUACAGAAUUUUAUUAUUACGUCUACGAUUUUAAGUUAUCCAAAAUGCCUGAAGUUACAACUAAAAAAGUACCCAAAUCGGCUGCAAAAGCCAAACCUGAAAAAGUUGUAGAAACAGCUGUCAAAGAGAAAAAAGUCAAACAAAAGAAACGCCAAAAGAGGCCUUACGGUCGAUUGUACGCUAGAGCAGUAUUUACAGGUUUUCGUCGUGGACUUCGUAACCAACACGAAAAUACAGCAUUACUUAAAGUCGAUGGAUGUGAUUCAAAGGCUGACUCGUGGUUUUAUGUAGGAAAAAGAGUUGCUUAUGUCUAUAGAGCUAAACGUUUAGUUCCAGUACCUGGACGUCCAAAAAAGAAGUCUAAGGUUCGUGCCAUUUGGGGCAAAGUUACUCGUCCUCAUGGAGCUACUGGAUCAGUGAGAGCCAAAUUCAAGACCAAUCUUCCUGCUAAGGCAAUGGGACAUCGUGUUAGAAUUAUGUUGUAUCCUUCACGUAUCUAAAUCUUGUUAUAUGGACAAUUUUAAGUUAAAAAAUUUGAAAAAAAAAUAAAAAAUAAAAAAUUGUACAACUUAUUAAAA